AAAUUAAGGUCUACUUAGAAUAACGUAUGUUGUCGGACGUCUAUCAACAUCUAACAAUCGUAAUGAAUUUAUUCGAUUGUAUUGAUAAUCAGACACGUCCUACCUAAUAAUUACGAAUUUUUGUUGUAGUCUACGUUUUUAAUUCGGUCUACCGUGUCCAUCGGUUGUUCCAGCUCAUGUAAAGGCUCGUAAUAUGGAGGUCAAGGAAGAAAAUUUUGAAGUCGUUAUCUCCGGCGUGGGUGGAAAAUUCCCCAUGUCGGAAAACAUGGAACACCUUAGGAUAAAUUUAAAUAAUAAAGUGAAUAUGGUAACGGAAAAUGAUUGCAGGUGGAAUAAAGAUGAUUGGCCCGGUGUUCCUGCUGCAACUGGAAAAAUUAGCGUGACACAGAAAUUGGAUGACACAUUUAUAGGGGUUAAUUCUCGAAUCAUAAAAGCAAUGGAUCCUUUGACUAGAUGUUUAUUAGAAAGAGUUUACGAAGCAAUUAUGGAUGCAGGACUGAAUCCGAAAUAUCUAUAUGGGUCAAAGUCAUCUGUCUACACCGCUUCAUGUGUUAGUGAUAGCGAAGCAAUUGGAUGUGAUGAUAAAUUAACAACCCCUUUUUGGCUUCUUGCACACGUCAGGGCUCUUUUGGCAAACCGAGUUUCAAAUUUACUCAACUUACAAGGACCGAGUUAUACAAUUGAUUCGUCUUGGAUCGGUGGUAUAGAAAUUUUAAAACAAGCUGCUGAUGACGUGGCAAAGGGCAGAGUUGAGACAGCAUUGGUCGGCGUAACCAAUAUCAUUUGGCAUCCAGAUAUGGCUAAACAUUGGAUAGGAUUAGAAAAACUUAGUGUGGAUGGCAUAUGUAGAUCAUUUGAUGAAAAUGCUAGUGGAUAUGGUCGAAGUGAAGGAGUUGUUGUACUACUCCUACAAAGAUCUACAGAAGCAUUACGUUCCUACGGUACAAUUGUACACGUUGAUGCUAGAAUCUGCAUGGAAAAAGCAGUCAAUUUAAUACGACCUUCUGAGGAUUCCAUUCGAGAGUUCUUAAAAUCAUUCUAUGAAAAUUGUAAAGUAUCACCAGCAAGCGUUUCUUAUUUAGAAGCGGAUGGAUCGGCUUGCAAAUAUUACGAAGAAAAAGAACUUAAUGUAUCAUCUCAAAUUUUCUGUGAAAAUCAAAGAACCUCACCUUUACCGAUCGGAUCGAUCAAAAGCAAUUUAGGACAUACGGAGGGAGCAUCAAGUUUGAUAUCAGUAGUUAAAGCAUUAAUCACGUUGGAUUCUGGUAUUAUUCCUCCUAAUAUCAACUUUCAAUCUCCGAAUAAUAAAAUCGAAGCAUUGAAAAAUAAAACGAUGAAGGUGGUAACCGAACCUACAAAGUUAGAUGGACCAAUAAUUGCGACAACUACUCUAGGCAUGCCAUCAUCUAUUGGUCACGUUUUACUCAAGCAAAAUCCAAAGACCAAGGAAUAUUCUCAACUAGGACCUAGUCAAAGAUUGAUUCUUUUGUCAUCUAGAACAGAAAAAGGCAUUUCUGAGGCAAUAGAUAGAGUUACAUCAUUACCUAGAGAUGACGAAUAUCUUGGACUUAUUCAAAAUGUUUUUAAAGAUAAUAUUGUAGGCCAUUUUCAUCGAGGUUAUGCAAUAGUUAACUCAGGAUCUUCCCCAUCAAUUGGAUUACAAGAAAUUAAUGAAAUGAAUCGUCCCGUAUGGUUUGUUUUUGCUGGUAUGGGAUCACAAUGGCCUGGAAUGGCAUCAGAUUUAAUGGAAAUACCGUGUUUUGCGGAAAGUGUUAAACAAUGUGAUAAAUAUCUCAGACCCAUUGGUUAUGAUAUAGUUGACAUCAUCACAAAUAAAGAUCCUGAAAUUCUCAAAAAAAAACCGACGGUUGCAUUUUUAGCAAUAGCUACUAUUCACAUUGCGUUUGUGGAUCUAUUGACUAAACUUGGUAUUCGACCUGAUGGUAUGUUUGGUCAUUCUUUGGGAGAAAAUGGAUGCUCGUAUGCUGAUGGAUGUUUUAAUAAGUAUGAAACUCUAAUGGCAGCAUAUUCUAGAGGAAAAGUAUCAGAAUUUCUAAUGCCAGAAAAAGGCCUAAUGGCAUCGGUAGGAUUAAAUUAUCAAAAUAUUCCAGAUUUACCACCCUCUAUUGACAUAGGAUGUCACAACUCUGAGAAUAACGUGACUCUAAGCGGUCCAGCUGAAGACAUGGAAAUUUACUUGGAAACUUUGAAAAAACAAAAUAUUUUUGUUAAAACUGUUAAUUCAAAUGGUAUUGCAUACCAUUCAAGAAUGGUUAGAAAACAAGCAGAAUUUGUUAAAAAGUUUAUUGAUAAAGCUGUACCGAAUCCUAAAAAACGAUCUUCAAAAUGGUUGUCGACUUCUGUACCAGAGGAAAAUUGGAAUAGUGAUUUAGCCCAAUGGAGUUCUGGUCAAUAUCACGCAAAUAAUUUCAAAAGCACAGUUUACUUUUCUGAAAUUUGUAAAAAAGUACCAAAAAAUGUUAUAGUCAUAGAAAUAGCUCCUCAUGGUCUAUUUCAAGGGAUCUUAAAAUCUAGCUUGGAUAGUUCAUGCAAAAUUCUAUCUGUUUCUAAACGAGGAAGUGAAAGCCCCCUAAAAUAUUUUCUAAAAACACUCGGUGAAUUGUAUUCCAGUGGUCUUCAGUUAGAUCUAAGUGCCAUUUAUCCUUUACCGGAGUUCCCUGUAUCUAGAGGUACUCCCAGUAUAACCCCACUCAUAUAUUGGAAUCACGAAGAAACUUGGCCAAUCAAUACACAUUAUGGUUCUUCAAAAAUAGAUUAUAAAGAAGUUUGUUUACGUGAUAAAACGUCAAGACAUCUUUUAGGACAUAAAGUCCACGGUGAAGUCGUAGUGCCUCUAUCAUUUAUCAUCACAGAAGUGUUGAGAACAUUAGAGAAAAAACCGUCAAUUUUCCAAGGCAAACAGUGUCAGGCGGUAUUUGAAAAUGUUUUUGUUCAUACGCCCCUUAUUUCUUCUGCAGAAGAAUCAAAUGGUUUUUAUUCACACAUUCAAAUCGGUACCGGUAAUUUCGAAGUAAUUGAAAAUGAUAAUGUAUUAAUAUCGGGGUUAAUAUAUAUGGAUGAUAAAAAUCAUCUUAUAAGUCCGGAGCCCCCAACAGCUUAUGAUGUUAAUAUUGAAGAUGAAUGGAUACCAGAUAAUGAGGUCUAUAGAAUAUUCGCUGAAAAUAAUAUAUAUUUUUCGAAUCCAUAUAGCACAAUUCAAAAAAUUCUUAUUCAUGAUAAAGGUUUAUUGGCAAAUAUAAUUUGGAACAAUGAUUUUAACAUUAAUCUGAAUUCAAUGAUGCAAUUAAAAAUGUUUUCUGACGUUCAAUCAUACCAUGAUUUACCUUUACUUCCAUCUUGGUUCAGAAGUUUAGUCAUUGACAAAGAAAAGAUUAAAACAAUUACUCACGGAUCAAUGGUUUAUAUUACUUUUGAUACCCGAACUAACGUUGUAAGAGGACCCGGAGUAGAGAUUGAAAUUCUAAAAAAUUCCGUAUUCCCAACAAUAUGUCCAGCACCUAUAAAUUUGAAUAUCCAAAAAGUUCAAUUUGUAGACCAGUCUAAUCCAAAAAUUCAUAAUUUCACUCAGUUUUUAAGCAUUUGUCUACAACUUGUCAAAAAUACAUUUCAAACAUCAUCAAAAUUGAGAACAAAAUUAAAAAUCAAUGAUACUAAAUUCAUAGAACCUUUUCAAAAGGUUUUUGAAGUCCAACCAUUUUUAAAGGCAGAUGUUCAAGAACAUUCAAAUGUUCAGAUAACAGAUUUAGAAUCAAAUGACACAUUGCUAUUAGUUACUGAACAUUUAAAUGAGAAAUUAAAUAAAGAGAUUAAAAUGUGCGCGGGAAGAGUAUUUGUUUUGAUAAAGGAAUUAAUAAUUGAUGAUAAUUAUACCACAGUUAUUCAAUACGAACAUAACGGUUCUAUGUAUCGACUCAUAACACGAGCAAUGAAAUUACCAAAUAAAAUUUUAGAAGUAACUACUAAGAACAGUGCAUGGAAAGAUAAUAUAGAACAAGGUCUUAAAAUUUUAACUAGUAACAUGUCGCCAAUAGUUUUGAUUAAAAUUGAUUCAGAUAGCUGUCUACAAGUUGUACAAGAAAUUGAAAAUAUUAAAUCUCCUCUUGGUUUUAGGUACGUUGUACAAUUUGACAGUGCACAACCGUUUGAUUUGACCAAAACAUUAUUUAGAGAACAAUUAUUUAAAGGAUUAAGACAAAAUAUACUAAAAAACAAUAGUUGGGGUAAUUAUAACAUUCUUCCAUUAAAUGAUAAACCAUCCACAGGAUUAGAUGAUAUCGAUCUACAAAAAUACAUUCAUAAUGGAAGCGAUUUGACAAUCAAAUACAUAGAAUCGUUCAAGACUGAUAUUAUGGCAGAAGAAGUAUGUACCCAAUAUUCAGGUGUAGACAACGAAGGAAGAAAUGUAAUAGGCUUAUCAAAAUUUAACAUUAAGACUAAGUUAUUUGAAAUUGACGAUAUUCUCAAAUGGUAUGUAAACUCUGAAUUUACAUUGCAAGAAGCAGCUAAAUUCCCGUUAGCUUAUUCAAUGGCUUACUACUGUUUGGUUAUCAAGGCACGUGUUAAAACUGGAGAUUCCGUUCUUAUACAUGACGCGUGCUCACUGGACGGUCAAGCUUUUGUUAGAGUAGCUCAGUCAUUUAAUUGUAACAUCUACGUGACUACCUAUAAUAACGAACAAUCUGAAUUUCUAAAAAGCAUAUUCCCAAAGUUGAAUAGUGGCAACAUACUUGAUAUCAACAAUAACAAGUUUGAAGUACAACUGUUGAGUCAGACAAAAGAGAAAGGAUGUGACAUAGUUAUCCAUGCUUUACCAACAGAAUUUCUUGGGGCGUCGUUUCAAUGUGUUAAUAAGUUUGGUGCCUUUAUACACAUUGGUUCACAAGACGUGGAUGUCCACACGCAAAUCGGUACGUAUUCGUUUUUGUAUAACGUUACGUUAUACGGUGUUAAUGACUUGUUGCACGUGCUGAAUUCAUCAGCUGAAAUGAAAAAUCAUCUCAAGCACCUUAUCGAGAAUGGUAUCAAAGCUAAAACAGUUUGUCGACUAUACGACAAAGCAACGAUAACUAGUACGUCGUCAACAAAUGUCCACAGUUUGGAAAAACGGAUAAUACCAAUUGAGUCAAAUAACUUGGAUCCCAGAUUCGUAAAAAAAGAUAAAUCAUAUGUAAUCAUUGGGUCUAUGACGAAUUUAUGGAUUAACACUGUCAACUGGUUACUCGAACAAGAUGCCAAAAAAUUGAUAUUUAUCAUUAGCGGAACCGCUGCAGUGAUGAAGAGAAGUCAAAAGAUUAUAUAUUCAUUAAUACAAAAAUAUUGUGACGUUUCGUUUAUUAUGACUUCGGUUGAAAGGUUUAACACCAUCAGAAACGGCGAAAAUGUAUUACGAGAAUUCACGUCGUAUACAAAAAUCGAAGCAAUAUUCUGCGUGGAAAUGAGCGAUAGCAAAUUGAAAAACAUCGACAGCGCAUGUAGAAAUGUUUUACCGGAUCUGAAACACUUCAUAUGCAUACAAAGUGACGCGGAUGGAGUUUGUGAAUCCAGGAACAACGCCAAUUCCAAUUGUAUCAAUUUGCAGUGCGACAAGUCAAUCCGUAAGCCGGAAAUAAUCCUGAAGUACAUGAACAAACUAAUAGAAUCCUUAGAAGACUCUAAACCCGUUACGGUCGUCGUCAGCGAUUCGUUAAAACCCAAAGAAAACCUAAACACACUAUCCGAGUAUUUACCUCAGACCGUCGACGAAUUGCUUGGCCUCAGCGUGGACUUACCGGAGUAUCCGCAAUUCGACAAAUGCGUGUCCAAAGGUCUCCCAAACACGGGUAACGACGGUGGCCUGUUGCCGGUGUUCAUCAUUCCCGGUCUAGGGCUUCCCCAGAUAGAACCAUUUACCAAAAAGAUCAUGCACCCGGUGUUCUGCGCUAAAUUCCCGUCGUACGUCGAUUCCGUCGAGAACGCAGCGCUCGGCUUACUAUGGCCUUUGAAACAAAUCCAGUCGGAGGGACCGUACACGAUUGUCGGUGAAUCGUGGGGCGGAACAAUUGCAGUAGAACUGGCGAAGAUUAUCGAAGGAUUCGGAGAAACCGUUAACCUUUUAUUGUUGGACGGCUGUCCAUCCGACAUUAAGAAACGGUUGCAGUUGUUAGACAAUAUCGACUUCGAGCUAUUGAGCGAAAACUCCAAGAAAAAGGAAGAAAUAAAUAGUUCCAUAGACGUACUUAUGAACCAGUUAAAAGCAUUAAAAAAAUUCAUUCCUAACAAUACGCAACUUGCAGCUAAUACAAUUAUCGCUCGACCAUCCAAUUCGGACGUUUUGGAUUCCUGUAUUAAUUUCGAGAAAAAUCAUUGUGGCAAGCUAACAGUACAAAUUUCAAAGAAGACAUCAUACAAUGAAUUCGUAAACAGUUUGGAAGCCGCUACUAUUGUAAACGAAAAUGCUUCGUUCAAAUGGUAAUACAAUAAAAUAAUUUUGUUUUUAAAUA